GUUCAACUGCCUCAUGACUACCUCCUGUUUUCGAUUUGCGUUGCUCAGUAAUAAGUAUAAGAAAUAGUAUGAAUCUGUUGUGGAUAAAGUUAUUGGUUCUUCUGAUACCCUUCAGAGAUCACUCAUGUUCAGCAAAAGAAGAAGAGACUGUUGAAAAAUGGGCAGCAAAGCUCGGAAAAGAACUUUGGGAACUUGGAUCGAGUGUAACAAAAGUACCUGAAAUCAGAUCGAGCUACAGGAAACUUAAUGCUCAAGUAUUGCCGACAGAUGGGGAAAAAAUCCUUCAUAAUAUAGUUUCUAAUGUCAACCGUCUGCUGAAACGGAAAAUGGAUUCAGUGAUGUGUUUAAUUGAAGGUGCCGAACGUCUAUCAGAAGACUUUAAAGACCAGAAUCAGACAUUGAUUUAUUUCAGUUCGAAAUUUUCGAAACUGGUUGGAGUAGACGACGAAGAGAACAUUACCAACUACAGGAUGAUGGAAUUGGAGCCCGACUAUCAUUUUUAUAAUAUUUAUGUCAACACAACUCAUAGCGCUGUUCAUGUGCCCACGGACGUUUUUGACCUGGGUGGUGAUGUGAAAAAAUCACUCUUGUGGUCUGAAGAACUUGAUGAAACCUUUAUUACCAACUUUCAUGCGGAUCCGACUAUGUCGUGGCAAUAUUUUGGAAGUUCUACUGGUUUCUUGAGGCACUACCCAGCCUUGCACUGGAAUGACAGCGCUGAUGUUUUCGAUUGCCGGACAAGAUUUUGGUACAUCGAAGCCGCAACCUGUUCCAAAGAUAUUCUCAUACUUAUCGACAGUUCGGGCUCCAUGGCAGGAAUGAAAAGGACGAUAUCCCAGCUCACAGUUCGUACUCUAUUGGAUACCUUCAGCAAUAACGACUUCAUUAACAUAUUCAGCUUCAAUGAAGAAAUUACAAGACUGGUUCCAUGUUUUCCUAAGGAUAUGCUUGUACAGGCUACUCCAGAAAAUAUCCUGUUAUUCAAAGAAGCAGUUAAAUUAGUCAACGUGUCCGACAAAGCUAAUUUCAGGAAGGCACUUUCAACAGCUUUUGAAUUAAUGACUAAAUAUAGAAAGCAGAGACAAUGCUAUAAUGACAUUUGCAAUCAAGCCAUUAUACUAAUAACUGACAGCGUGCCAGAAAAUACGACAGAAAUAUUUCAGAAAUAUAACUGGUUUGAGAAUAGAACGAGAAUACCAGUUCGAGUAUUCACCUACUUGAUUGGAAAAGAGCUUUCUAAUGUCGAUGAAAUAAAAAACAUGGCUUGUUUGAACAGGGGGUACUUCGGCCAUAUAAAGUCGUUGGAAGAGGUGCGAAGUGAAGUAUUGAAGUAUCUCAACGUCAUCGCUAGGCCAAUGGUUCUCCAAAUGGUAGAACAUCCACUCUCUUGGACGCAUUCUUUCGUCGAUGCUACUGGAAAUUUGGAUACUAGGUCCUCGUCUAAAGAAUACAGAUUUAUGACAUCAGUUUCUGGACCAGCCUUCAAGAUUCCUAGUGAAAAAGCUAAUGAGACGGUGCUUCCAGAACUUUUGGGUGUUGCUGGAACCGAUGUGCUGAUUUCAGAUAUAAAAAGUCUAACUCUACCAUAUAAGAUUGGCGCUAAUGGAUACGCUUUUGUUAUCACAAAUAACGGCUACAUACUUUUCCAUCCCGAUUUAAGACCUAUUCACGAUGGCGAAGUAAAGCCCAACUACAACAGUAUCGACUUGACAGAGGUCGAGUUGCUCGACGAUCAAGUCACGGAGCCUCGAAAACCUCAUGAAGAUAUAUUGAAGUUGCGUGAAGUAAUGGUGAAUGGAACGGAAGGUAGCACACAUGGAUUGAAAAUCAAAUUUCAUUAUGAUGAUAUGAGACGCGUUGGUGUAGAAAAGAGAAAUUACUUUUAUGCUCCUCUGAAUAAUACACCAUUCACGAUGGGCCUUGUUCUACCACAUUCCUAUGGCAACUUUUGGGUAAAAGCAGGGGAUGAAAUACUCAAAUCCAGGCAGAUGGGUAUUCCGGUGAGCUCAUUCUUCAAAGGAAACUGGAGAAUCCACCCAGAAUGGGUUUAUUGCGACUACCACAGAACCUCAGAGAGAUGGUUUAACAGUUCUGAAGACAAAUUAUUACAUUUUCUCGAGAAAAUUUCAGCUCCAGGCUGGGAAUGGAAAGAUAUAUUUUCCGCUGAAGACGACAGUGAAAGCCAUAACUGCAACCGACGUAGUAUAGACGCCAAGGAAUAUUAUUGUGAUAAAGAACUUAUGCAGCUGCUAGUUUUUGAUGCAAAGAUAACGGAAGUAUCUUACAAAACGUCUAAAUGGUCAGCUAAAGACCGAAAUGAAGAAAAAUUAGUGAAACGAUAUGGAGCGUCACUGAGGUUUGUUGCGACGCAAAGUGGACUUACCAGAUGGCAGCACAUUCCAGAAGCAACCGAAACAAGCGAGCCUUUUGGUGACACUAAUAACAGAGCCCUUGAAGAAGUGUGGUACAGAAGUGCCGUUUUGCACCAUCAACUAGAUUCUGAAGCAUUUGUAUUUUCUGUGCCAUUUGAUUCAGGGUCUGAUGAUAGUAUAAAAUUAACUGCCACUCAUGCAAUAUUUCCAAAAGACGGUGGUCACGAAGCACCAGGGUCUGUUGUCGGCUUCCAAAUACGACAUGCUGCUUUAAAAAGUAGGUUCAUGCAGAUCACUUCAAAAGAAUCAAAUUGUCCUGAAUGUGCUUCAUGCAAAUCAGAUACUCUUGACUGCUAUCUUAUUGAUGGAAAUGGAUAUGUGAUAUUCUCAGAAGUGAAUAAUGAUACUGGAAGGUUUUUCGGUGAAGUGGAAGGUGCCAUAAUGGAAGCGAUGAUUUCGAAAAAUAUAUUUAGACAUGUUGUUAUGUUUGAUUAUCAAGCAACAUGUCCAAAUGAAUCCACCAUACUAGUGAGUGCGGGAUGGAAUCUCAUUAAUCCAUUCGUUUCAAUGAUAAAUCUAGUAAAGUGGAUAUUGGGCCGAGCAGUUUGGAUGAUAAUUGAAAGUGAAAUAGCCAAGUUUGUAUACAGUGAAUCAGAAGAAAUUAAAGACUACUUUGAUACCAAAGAUGAUUCAGUACACCAAGUUGAAGUCACUGAAGUACCAAGAGCAACUAAAAAAUCUAAGGAACCCAAGAAAUCUACUGAACCAUGUGACAAGACGGGGUAUCUAUACCUACUUCAACAUCUAAACAAGAAAGAUGGUUACUAUUCGCCUGAACCAGUCAACUGUUCUAGGCCAUUUUACGUUAAACGAGUGCCACACACUAACUUAUUACUUAUUGUGGUGAAUGUCCUCCAUCAAAGUUGUUACAGGAAACUGAGUUCAACUAUGGAAAGAAUUGAGUAUAGACAUAGUAACAACACUAACAGUUCACUCUCUCCAUCAAGUUGUCAGAAGCUAAUGUUAAAUUCAUUGCCAAGAAGGAGUCUGUCUGGAUGUUUUAAUACACAUCCAUCUGAAUCAGAAUUUUACCAAUGUUCUGAGGCAAGCUCCUUCAAACCCUGCUUAUUAUGGAUUAUUGUUUAUUGUAUAACUUUAUUAUCAAUAAAAGUGAUACUAUAAUUUA